CCAAACUUCCGGGUUUAAAAGCCGUUCUCGGUUCAUGUGUACGCGGUCUUUUAGCCCUUUUAGAGAGGUCAAUAACACCCUGUUUGUCCUGGGCGUGUUUUUGCAACAUAACGGGUUAAAGUGGCUCAAUACUUCCCCGUUUGCCUUUGGUUAAAGAACACGAAGUUACAUUCUGAUGCGGUUUAUCCUACAGACUGUGUUCUGCCUAGCCUAGCCUAGCCUUGUUAGCUCUCAGGCUACACUACACUGCAGUAAAUCAGUAACUGAUUGUUUGGGUUAUUUACGAGAGCGUUACUUUCAACAGGGGAGCGUAGAUUAUACAGUAUACAGAAGUGAUUUCUCGAUCUUCAGCUCCUCUGCUUUAAAGAGAAAGAUGAGUAUAUCACGUCUUUGGAGAUCUUACCAGGCGUUAAUGACCAAAAAACCAUGGACUGUGCAAAUAAUAACAGCUGGCUCUCUGAUGGGGGUGGGGGAUAUCAUCUCCCAGCAGCUGAUUGAGAGACGUGGCUUGAAAAAUCACAGCAUUAAACGCACAACCAAGAUGAUGAGCAUUGGCUUCUUAUUUGUUGGACCAGUUAUUGGUGGAUGGUACAGAGUACUAGACAGACUUGUCAUUGGGACAACCAAAACUACUGCAUUAAAGAAAAUGCUAAUUGACCAGGUGUGCUUUGCGCCCUGCUUUCUUGGAACAUUCUUAGUAAUCUGUGGAACUCUCAAUGGGCUCACUGUGGAAGAGAAUGUAGCUAAGCUAAAGAGGGACUAUAUGGAUGCCUUGAUCACCAAUUACUAUUUGUGGCCUGCUGUUCAGAUUGCCAAUUUUUAUUUCAUUCCGCUCCAUCACAGAUUGGCUGUUGUGCAGGUUGUUGCUGUGGCCUGGAAUUCCUACCUCUCAUGGAAAGCCAAUAAAAUGUAGUAAAAUAUUGCCCCACUCGUCACAGAUUUACAAGGAAAUUUACUAUUAACACAAAUCAACUUUAAAAAAAAAAAAAAAAGGAUAAACUGAAACUUGACCAAGUUGUUAUUUAUAUACAUACAGUAUUAUUAUUAUAACACUAACUCACCAUAUGGCUAACUGGAACUUAUGUUAGUUUAAUGUAGUUAAUUUCUGUGAAAGGUGGCUCAAUGGCCCUGCAAACACUUUAUAUGACUUAAUCUUUGGAAUGCAUUUUUCUACAGAUUGAAGGUUUGAGAAAUUUGGCCCCACUUGCAUUGUACAUAAUUCGUUGGGAAACUUAUGCUCGGUGUGUGGAGUGGAAGAGCAUAUAUUUACCAUCUGGCUGAAGAGUUGUGCUGAUUCAUAAUCAGCUGGUUUAGUUAAUAGAUUGGACUUGUUUUUUGACUUUAUGCUCAGCCAGAUCCAGCAUGUUUUCAUACUUUUGGAAUAUAUUCCAAAUGAUGAGAACAAGCAGUGUAUACUGCUUGUUCUUAUAAUUUUUCAACAAAAUCAUCUGACUUUGUAAAUGUUCUUUAAAACGACACGAGCAUUGAUUAUGUGAACAUAUCCUGUCAUUCUAUUUGCCAUUCCAUGUUUUCUGCUAGGGAAAUCUCUGUCUAGACUUAAUUUUACUUUAACAUUACACACAUACAAAGGUUUUUUUCAGAGCACAAAUAAAAAUAUAUGACAUGUAUUAA